AACAACGCUGCCUCCAAUAACAAUGACGUUUGGUCCGAAGCUGACGGAGGCACACACUUAAAAAAACACACACAAUCAGCUGCAGCGGGAGCAGCCUGAACCGGCCUCAUUACUGCCGGGACAUCUCUGCUGCUUGACUGCGUCCACACCAGGAGUAGGUGAGGGCUUCUGCUUGUUCCUGCCGACGAGCAGACGACCAGGCUAGACACGGCAGCUGCUGGUGUUUUCAGUGAGGGAGCUUCUUUUUUUUUUGUUUGUUUGUUUGUUUGUUUGUUUGUUGUUAGUUUUGACCAGCGUUACCUUUUCCUGUCUUCUGUCGGAGUGAGUUGACCCGUUUCACAUCUAAGCCUGGCUCAUCUCCGGCGGGAGCCUCCGAUCCACCGCCUGACCGCUAAUCCGCCUCCUGGGUUGAUAAACUCAUGACCCUGCACCCUCGUUUCCUGAUGUGUCGGUGAUAUGGGAGAGUGGUGGACAACUGUGCCAGUAGGGACAUCUAUGGGAAACUAUGAGGCAUCCCGCAUAUCACAUGCUACAAUGUCUCCCUCAAGACAGAACAACUAUGUGUCAAUGAACAGCUUGCCCCUGUCCAAAAGCUCCUACAGUGUCAUAAGUGCCUUUUGCACAGAGGAUAAUAUUUCUCCAUGCAUUUCAUACAUCAAUCAGGAGCUCGACUCACUCGGCCUCUCCUCCAUAUGUAUUGAGGCCAGCUCACCCGGGGGAGCCGGCCUGAGCGCGGUGCCGGCACUGAAUGCCAUGUACGAGCUGCUCCAGAUUCACCGGCGCAACAUGUGCACUUUGGAGGAGCUGGAGAAGGAACAGCUGAAGAAAACCAGCUCCUUGGAGCACAUGCAGAUGAGCAAUUCUAGACUCAAGGAUCAGUUGGAACUGUCCAUAAGGGAAAAAUCUGGUCUCCAUGAGACAGAGAGGCAGCUACAACUCAAAAUCAAGACUUUGCAGAGCUGCUUGAAAACAGAAAAAGAUGAGGUCCAGAAGCUCCAGAAUAUCAUUGCCAGCCGUGCCUCUCAGUACAGUCAUGAUGCCAAAAGGAAAGAGAGAGAAGCUGCAAAGCUUAAGGAACGCCUCAGUCAGCUAUUGGUCGACAGAAAGGAUAAGAAACUAGCUAUUGAUGUACUGAAUUGCUUGGGGCGGUCAGAUGGUAGAAGGAGCCACUGGAAGACGGCAAAAGCAACAGCCAGCCAUGAGGGUGAGAUGUACAAGUCCUUGCUCAGUGACUACGAGGCGAGUCAGAGGUCCUUGAUGCUGGAGAAUGCUGAGCUUAAGAAAGUCCUCCAGCAGAUGAAGAAGGAGAUGAUACACAUCCUUAGUCCACGGCAGUCCUCGAGCAGAAGAGCCACAGCUGAUGACAGUCAGGAGCAGGCUGAUUCAGAUGGGGAGGAGAAGGCUGCUGACUCUAGCAGGGAAACUCUGGACCAGUCAUGUGAACAUGCAAGGGAGCAGCUCACCAACAGCAUCCGCCAGCAGUGGAGGAAACUGAGGAACCAUAUGGAGAAGCUAGACAGCCAAGCUUCGCUAGUUCAAAAUCAGCUGGAGUCUAAUAAGGAGGUGAUACCAAGGGAGACCCACGAUGAAGAGAUGGAGCGGAUGAGGCGUGAAGUGCAGCAGUGCAAAGAGUUCAUUCACGCACAGCAACAGCUCCUCCAGCAACAACUCAACACAUCGUUUGAUGAUGAGACGGCAGCUCUUCUUAACGACUGCUACACACUGGAGGAGAAGGAGCGUCUCAAAGAGGAGUGGAGGCUCUUUGAGGAACAGAAGAGAAACUUUGAGAGGGAGAGAAAGAACUUCACAGAGGCUGCUAUUCGCCUGGGGCGAGAGAAAAAGGCCUUUCAAGAGGACCGCGCUACUUGGCUCAAGAAUCAGUUUUUGAACAUGACUCCCUUUACUGACCGUCGGAGAUGCUCCUCGUCUGACGGUCACAGUGCCCUGUCAAUUAGAAGUGAGCCAGAGAUGAGGAUAUCUUCCAUGAACGCUCAGCCGACCAAAUCGUCAACUUACGCCACAUUCUCCACUCCUAAACCUACACAAAGUGCUACUGUGCCAUCCACAACCGAACUUUACCGGACACUCCGCCUGAUACCAGACAGCAGUUCUUCCAGACAUUCAAAUCGAGGAUGCUGGCAAGAGUCGAGCACCACUGAAGAUGGAGAUGCUCGGUUCAAGUCAAAAAGUAGAGUUCGAUGUGGAGACUUGAGCAUCUUCUCCUUGGGUGAAGAUGAGAACAGCCUCACUUGAACAACUUCCAGUGCCUUUUCUUUUUCUUUCUUUUUUGUGUGUGAUUGGGCAGUGGACUUAAAAUAUGAAAUAAUUAAUAAAUACCAUCACUACAGAGGAACACUAAA